UUGUAAGCAAGUGUCAAAUCAACUCGCAGAACAUUUUUGAAGGACGGAGAUGGUAAGAGCAAAAAUCGAACACGCAACGAUCACAGUUGUUGCCUGUUGGAUUUCGCCUGAAAUGAAGUUGAUUUGAACACCGUCGGUUUGGUGGUCCCGUCCACCGCCGUUAAUGGUUAUGGAACCCAUUCGUCCUUGUUCCACCCAAUCUCUCUCUAUAAAUCUCUCCUGAAAUACACUCAUCCUCCUUUACCACAUUCACGGUGGCUUCAAUCGUCGGAGAUCCUCAUAAUGCCGGAAAUCUUACAGAUCUUACACCAAUCUCCACCCUCACGCCAUCAAAUGCCUCCUCACCUUCAACGAGGUCUAGUAAACGUUGAAUCUCAGUUUAACUGGUUGAUUGAUUCCGCUUUUCCCUCUCCUGGUAUCUUUGACGUAACCGAUCAUUUUCAGUGGAGUGAGUUCGACGGAAGUCCUUUCACGGACUUGUCGAGUUCGUCCAUUGAUGAAUUAUCGAAGGUAACCGCCAUCAAUGAUCAGAAUCAGAGCGCGAAGAAGAGAAAACUCGAGUUUGAUGUCGUCGAAGUGAAGGCUGAAAAGCACAUAGAUGAACUUGAAGGUGAUUCAAAACCAAAGAUCGAUCCAAAGGCCGAUUACAUUCAUGUUAGAGCUCGUCGUGGACAGGCCACUGAUAGCCACAGCUUAGCCGAAAGAGCACGAAGGGAGAAAAUAAAAAAGAAAAUGCAAGAUUUGCAAGAUUUGGUGCCAGGGUGCAACAAAAUCACCAACAAGGCUGCCAUUCUUGAUGAAAUCAUUACUUAUGUUCAAUGCCUUCAAAGGGAAGUUGAGUUUCUAACCAUGAAACUUGCUGCUUCAACUACAAGUGUGGACUUCAACUCAUUGCCUGAACAGCAGCAGCCAGACGCCAGUGGCGGUGAACUCAGCUUGCCAGCAUGAAGGUCGAGGCAAGAUUAGGAGGAGCUAGUAAUAGCGUAGGCCGUUAUGUUGAAAAGCAUAGGAAUUUCGGUAAAUGGACCAAAUACCCUGUUUUUUUAUUACCAGGCUAUGUUCAUCAUUUGGAGAGUUCGGUACUUCAUCCAUCCUUCUUUCUCAUGGUUUCCUCAAACAUUGUUUCAUGAUUUAUUGCAACAACUUCUGUUUUCUUG